AUGACGGCUACGACCACCCUCGCCACCCCGUCCAGCUCGACCGCGGUGCUGAUCCACGAACUGCAACGCCUUCGCAACGCCAACGUCGAUGAUCCGCACAGAGUCGUCACGCUGGCGACGGCGUUGAUUGAGCGAGGGUACGCCAAGAGGAAUGAUGAUGAUGGUACGUCAGCCGGACCGACCGUUUCUCAGUAUUGAGCGUGGAACUUAUUGCUGUCUUGGGUCAUCAGUGUGGGCCUUCUUGGAACAGGCCGCUCAGGCGGCGCUGCAAUGCGGGCAGGUCUCCUUGGCUCAGGUCAGCUGUCGGUCACUGCAACGACCAGUCCCCACACCCAACCUAUAUCUCACCCAUACCCUUCCCGCAGGUCUGCGUCCAACGCCUCUCGUCCCAAUUCCCCAACUCGAACCGCGUCGCCGCCGUACAAGGCAUGCUCUACGAAGCUCGAGCCGAAACGCACAAGGCGUGGGCCCACUAUCGAGAAUGGCUGACCAAGGACGAGGCGGAUGUGGUCAGUCGAGCUUUGAUCGUCGGCAUGUGCGUUCGAGUGUCGCGCUAAUUGAGCACAGCUGUCCCUGCGAUCGAUCAGACGAUGAGGAAACGCCUCAUCGCCCUCCACCUCAGCUCGAAUCAACUAUCAUCACCGCCUCUAUCGAAAGCAGACCCAUCGCCUUCCGAGCCGAAUCGGGAACACGGUCUGCGCAUGUUGGUCGAAUACCUCGAGACGUACUAUCAGGACCCAGAGGCGUGGAGUAUGGCCGCUAGAACGUAUGCCGAGAUGGGGUCGUACGUUCGCUAGCGAUCGUGCUUUCUCUUUUAAGAGAGAUUCGAUCCAAUCUGAUCCUCUUCAUCUCGAUCUCGUGAUCAAACAGUUAUGCGCAAUCCCUAACAGCCCUCUCGCACCUCCUCCUCCUCGCACCGCAUAACCCCUUCCACCUCCUUCACCACGCCGAAACGGCCUACACGCUCGGCCAAUACGAUUUGGCCUUCAAGGAGUUCCUCAGGGUCGUCGAGAUGAGUGAUGGGAUGCAAGGCGCGGGGAGGAGGGCCGCGACGGCCGCGAGAUUGGUGAGUUGGUGAAAGACUACGUAACCCGGGUCUCGAGGGGGAGAUGGAAACUGAUGGGGGUUCGGUGGGCGCACUUCCUUUCGCUCAGUGCAUCGAACGAUUACGAUCAGCCACCAAGGCUAGUUCGGAUCCGUUAUUGAAACCUCAACGAAUCGACGAGCUCGAGAGAAUGUUGACGAGGUUAUUGAUGGAGGGAACCGCCAAGGGUGCACAGCAAGAGGUGUGGGGCAAGUGGUUAGGAGGGAUACAGGAGAAGAGGGGUUGA